AUGGGUCCAAUGUCUAGCGGUCCUCUCGAAUCGGCGUACGGUACAUUUGUUAGGAGAGAUCAACAUGAAAUAAGUAUUACACCGGUUGAAACAGUCACUGUUAUUCCUCAACAUUUUAUCACUUAUAAGCGACGAUGGCUCUAUUUAUUUGUCAUCUGUUUGGCAAAUUUAUCAAAUGCCAUCCUUUGGAUUAAUUUUGCUUCCAUCGCUGACUUUACUGCCCAAUAUUAUUCUGUCAGCUAUACAUCUGUCAAUUGGUUAUCAUUAAUAUUCAUGGUAGUUUGCACGAUAUUUACACUUUUAUCAACAUGGAAAAUUGAUCGAUUUGGAAUACGUUUUGGUAUAUUAACUGGUAUUUGGCUUAAUUUAGUCGGUAGUUUUAUUCGAUGUAUCAGUACAUGGGGAUUUGUUGGUAUGAAAGCUAAAUAUCCAGUCGUUUUCAUAGGUCAAUUUGUUUGUGCUUAUGCUCAAACAUUUAUCUUGUUUAUUCCUACCAAAUUUGCCUUUAUUUGGUUUCCAGAUAGUCAAAGAACAUUAGCCAAUAGUUUAUGUUUUGCAAUGAAUUAUUUUGGUAUAUUUCUUGGCACAGUUUUGCCACCAUUCAUAGUGGAUCAUGCAAAUAAAAUGCCAUUAUUGUUAUAUGUAUCCUUGGCUCCAGCAUUAUUAGCGGCGGUCUUAUCAUUGACGAUUCGAUCGGGUGAACCUCCGACACCAUCGUGUCUCUCGUCAACCGAUGUUAAAGUACCUUACAAACUAUUAUUAAAAUCAAAAUCGUAUUUAAUAUUAUUCGGUACAGUUGGUCUUGGUUUAAGUAAUAAUAACACGUUAUCGACGUUACUUCAACAAAUAAUGUGUCCAUUUGGGUAUGAUGAUAUUAGCGUUGGUUUAUGUAUUGGAUCAUUUAUUCUAUGCGGAUUAACUGGAUGUAUUAUAUUUGGCUACAUUGCCGAUAGAACAAAAAAAUUAGAAGAAGUUACCAAAAUAGAAUAUACACUUGGUGUGGUAUCAUUGAUGAUACUUGGUCUUUUUAUUAUUAAUGGAGUUCCAUCCUAUUUAUUAUAUAUUAUAUUUGGUUUAUCAGGUUUUGCAAUGGCGCCCGUUCUACCAUUAAGUUUGGAUUUAUGUCUUGAAUGUACACAUCCAAUACCUGAAGCAACCGUGGUCGGGAUAUUUUUGAUUGCUAGUCAAAUCGGCAGUAUCAUUUCAAUAUUAAUUUUACCCUUUUUUACGCGAAGCUUAUCCUCUUUUCAAGAAGCACAUCAGAAAUGUGCAUCAUUACAUCAAGAAAUUCGAGAUUAUACUAUUCCAUUAUACAUCUUAGCAAUUAUUUCUGCUGUUUUUGUGAUAUUAUUUAUUAUAUUUUUCAAAAGUGAAAAUCGUCGACAACGAAAAGAUGAUGAAUCAUCCUCACACACAACUGCACUUAAUAAUAAUGAAUAA